GGCGUUCUCUCAUAUCUUAAAUUAUAUAUCUAAAAUAUAUUUGCAAUCUCGUCCUCGGAGCAUCAACAAUUCUCUCCUCUCUUCACACCAUGGCGCCGCCGGCGGCACCAGCAGCAGUGGAAGGCGGUGGCGAAGGCGGAGGAGGAGCGCAGCGGCAGGAGCCGGGUUACAGGCAGACGAUCGCCGGAAUCAUUAGGAUUGCGGUGUUCUGGUACUUUGCUUCCAAGUUGUUCUCUCCGAGAAAGCCGACUCCUUCUGACCCAGCUAUUCAGAUCUCCAAUCUCUUCCAGAAAGCCGAGCCUCUUGACAUGUGGGUUUAUCUUUCUGAACAAGAGAAGUUCAGUGACUUCAAUAGUGAAGGUGCACUCAUUUGGCAUGAGACUAAUAUCCCAUAUGCAGUUUGGGGACCACAGAGUACCAGGUCUCUUUCUUUGAAGUAUUAUCCAUCUGAGGCUUUGAAGCACAAUGGUAGCCUCUACGCUCAUGUUUUCUUUGCACGCUCUGGUUACCCUCCAGACCCAAAUGAUCCUGAGUAUGAUAAGUUAGCUGCCUUUGAGAGGACACACCCUGUUGUGAUAUACUUACCUAAGUCAAGAGCAGAUAAAAGAAAGAGCCUGCUCGGGAAUUCCAAAGAAUCUAAUGAGGUUGUAAAAGCAUCUGAGAUGGUUGAGGACACUCAGGCUGAUUCAAAAGACGAAGGUCCUGUGGAUUGGAUCUCAUAUUGGAAACCAAAUAUUACAAUUAAUUUAGUUGAUGAUUUCACAAGAUAUUCACAAAAUGGCGUUCCACCAAAUAUUGCUCCUUACUUGAAUGUGGAGCCUAGUACAAGGAAUUACUAUCCUACCGUUUUCUUCAACGAGUUUUGGUUACUUAGAGAUAAGUUGAUACCAAUCAAUGAUACAGUGAAAGAAUUUCCACUGAAUCUAGAGGUGGGUCCCAUAAGCAUGACCAAGUGGCAACUAUUCCUGCAGAUUGAUCAGUCAUUCCAGAUUCACCGUAGCUACGGAAGCAUGAUUGAAGGCGAGGCUGACGAACUGAAGAGGGUAUUCUUGGAAGGAAAUCCUUAUCUCCUGGUGGUUACAAUGGUGGUCUCAUGUCUUCAUUCGGUGUUUGAUUUCUUGGCAUUCAAGAAUGAUAUCCAAUUUUGGAACAAAAACAAGUCUAUGGAAGGACUAUCUGCAAAGUCGGUUGUUGUGAGCUUUAUAUCUCAGUUGAUUGUCUUCCUCUAUUUACUUGACAACGACACAUCAUGGAUGAUACUUGCAAGUUCUGGAGUUGGUUGCUGCAUUGAGUUUUGGAAAAUAGGAAAGGCCAUGCACAUAGAGAUUGAUAGAACUGGAAAGAUACCUAAGUUGAGGUUCCGAGACCGGGAGUCCUAUGCUGGGAAUAAGACAAAGGAAUACGAUGAUAUUGCCAUGAAGUACUUGUCCUACGUGCUCUUCUUGCUUGUUGCAUGUUCUUCUAUUUACUCACUUACGUAUGAGAGACAUAAGAGCUGGUACUCUUGGAUCCUUUCUUCACUCACAAGCUGUGUCUACAUGUUUGGUUUCAUUAUGAUGUGCCCUCAGUUGUUCAUAAACUAUAAGCUGAAAUCUGUGGCUCAUCUACCCUGGAGGCAGAUGACGUACAAGUUCCUCAAUACCAUCAUAGAUGAUCUGUUUGCCUUUGUCAUAAAAAUGCCAGUGCUACAUCGGCUUUCUGUGUUCCGUGAUGAUGUUAUAUUUCUGAUAUAUAUAUAUCAGAGGUGGGUGUAUCCGGUGGACAAGAAACGAAUAAAUGAGUUUGGUUUCGGUGGUGAGGAGGAUCAGGCCUCUACUGGGGCAGAAGCCAUAGCUGCCAAGGAAGAGGAGAAGAAAACUAACUGAGCUUCUUUUUAAACAGGUCAUUAGAGAUUUUCAUUACAGCUAUUAAAACUGUAAAAUUUCAUUAGCAUAAACAGUUACUCAAGCGCAUCUCUGUUUUGAUUUAGUUGAUUUCAACGUCCACAUUAGAUAUUAUUUCUAGAGAAGGUUUCUCGGCCAUUUCCUCUUCAUUUGUUUUGGAAGAAUUUUAUGGCUAGAGGGACUCUCUUUUCCCAGCUUCGCAUGUUUGAUUUUUGGUUAUAUGGGUAAAUUUUUCACAGAUUGCAUCACCCUAA